AUGGACGACUCCAUUUCUGACGAAAAAUGGGACGGCUCAGUCGAUGAGCUAUACGAUCUUGCCGACGGUUCCUUCAGCAAGAAAGGAUGGAACCUAAAUCUCUACCUUCGUAGCGCAUUGUCGUUCAUCGACCACCUCAACAUGCAUCACACUAUCGAGGAGCGUUUCUGGUUUCCUUACCUCGCCAAGCGCAUGCCGCAGUUCUCCCAUAAGGACCGGGGCGAGCAUGUCGUCUCUCACGAGGGAAUACACAAAGGACUUGAGGACCUCAGUACCCUUGUUCGUACAUACAGGACGGACAACACUUCUUAUUCGCCAGAGGAGAUGCGCGCUUGCUUGGAUAGCUUCAAGGAUGUGCUCUUCAAGCACCUAGAUCAGGAGGUCGAGGACCUCAAAGGGGCGAAUCUGAAGAAGUAUUGGAAGUACGAAGAGUUGCGACCGCUGAGGGCUUACUAAGUAGUGUGCACUCAGGCUGUAUAUCACUAUCCGGCCCUGCCAGAUAGUAAACCUUUGCAACGAUCGACGAUACCUUGCAUUGAGGGAGGCUGACGUCUUCCUGCAUCCUAGUCGAG